CUGCUGACGCCUUAUUUAGAGGAGCCGCGCGGCGUCCAGCCCCGCAGCGUUAGAACUCCCGGUCGGUCGUGGUCUCUGGGACGUUGUACCUGUGCUCAGGCGCCCGGUGACCUUGGCCUUGGCCCGCGAGUCCUAUCCCGACAACACAGGGUGCCAGGACCCACUUUUUUCUCCAUAGGCUCCGAUGCUGGUCUUUGGUAGAAGAAGGUGGCUCACGGCUCUGCUGCAGGCUCAGCGUUGGCCCUUUCAACCCUCCAGAGACAUGAGAUUGGUGCAGUUCCGGGCACCCCACCUGACGGGACCUCAUCUGGGCCUGGAGUCAGGGAAUGGUGGAGGUGUCAUCAACCUCAGCGCCUUUGACCCCACACUGCCCAAGACGAUGAUAGAGUUCCUGGGGCAGGGAGAGGCCGCUCUCUCAGUGGCAAAAAGAGCCCUGGCUGCCCAGUUGCCAGUCCUACCACGGUCAGAAGUGACAUUCCUGGCCCCAGUUACACGGCCAGACAAGGUGGUGUGCGUGGGCAUGAACUAUGUGGACCACUGCAAAGAGCAGAAUGUGCCUGUGCCCAAGGAGCCCAUCAUCUUCAGCAAGUUUGCCAGCUCCAUCGUGGGGCCCUACGAUGAGGUCGUCCUCCCUCCUGAGAGCCAGGAGGUGGACUGGGAGGUGGAGCUGGCCGUGGUCAUUGGAAAGAAAGGCAAGCACAUCAAGGCCACAGAUGCCAUGGCCCAUGUGGCUGGCUUCACUGUGGCACAUGACGUGAGUGCUCGUGACUGGCAAAUGAGACGCAAUGGAAAGCAGUGGCUGCUGGGAAAAACCUUUGACACCUUCUGCCCCCUGGGCCCUGCCUUGGUGACCAAGGACAGUGUAGCAGAUCCACACAACUUAAAGAUCUGCUGCCGAGUGAAUGGGGAGGUGGUCCAGAGUAGCAACACCAAACAGAUGGUGUUUAAGACAGAAGAGCUGAUAGCCUGGGUCUCCCAGUUCGUCACUCUUUUCCCAGGGGACGUCAUCCUGACUGGGACCCCCCCAGGUGUUGGUGUAUUCAGAAAACCUCCUGUCUUUCUCAAGAAGGGCGACGAAGUCCAGUGUGAGAUCGAAGAACUAGGUGUCAUCGUCAACAAGGUGGUGUGACGGCCUCUACCGCGGGCCGUGGACUUACGAUGAGAUGGGGGCGUCCGUCCCCACUGAGCCCUGCACAGGGAGAGGCCCAGUGGCAGCCCCCGAGUAGCUCCCCUUCCAGGCAGACGGGGAGGAGGUGGUGCUCUCCUCAAUAAACUUCUUUUUGGCUUC